UCACUGCCUUCAUUCCUCAGGUACUUUUAAUGACAAACAGAUAAAAGAAUGUUCUGGAAAGAAGAACAUAAUGAGAGGCGUAAGAACACAACAUAUUUGAUUGCAACUGUUAAUAAACAAAAGAAAAAUAGCACAACAAGCCAACUUUAUUUAUCUAGUUAAUAAAUGAAUAAAAGGGAAAAGGAACGCAAAGUGGUUCAAAGGAAAGAGAAGCUAAAAAGGGGGACAGCUGUGGUGAUGGGCCGCCUGACUGUCACCUCAAAGCCACACCUCUUCUAGAAACUGUGCGGAGCCUCCCCGGUACUCUGCCGGGUGCUAUUUUAGGUCAUUCGGGUCGGGUUGCAGUGGCAGUGGGGAAACCUGACGGACAGGUCUUCUUGGCACCGCCUUGGAAAUCAUCGAAACCGAAGCACCGGCUUUAAAAAGGACGCGCCCGUCACACAGCAGAACAAGGAAGAGACGCAGUCAGCAGAGAGAGAGAGAGAGAGGAGGGAAGUCAGCAACUACGCACAACUAUUAACUCAGAUCGCCUGAUUUAUACGACAACCCAUCCACACAGCAGCGUAAUUACAAGGAAGAAGCCGCAUUUAAUCUGAUCAGGGCAGAGUAACAGCAGGACACAACCAAAGCAAGGAACCCGGAACUUCAAUUUCUCCUCUGUGGCUGAACUGACAGAAGAAAAUCUGCCAAGAUGAUGAUGCAGCUGACAGAAACGUACAACCAGAAGAACUCCCUCUUCAACGCCAUGAACCGUUUCAUCGGCGCCGUCAACAAUAUGGACCAGACCAUCAUGGUGCCCAGUCUGCUGCGGGACGUCCCGCUGGACGAGGACCGGGAGCUGAGCUCCAUGAAGUCGGACGAGGAGGAAGGGGACAUGUACAGCUAUUACCAGCUGCUCAAGUCCAUCCGCAGUGACAUGGAGUGGGGGGUUCGCUGCGCCUCCGCCGACGAGAGGCGCAAAGAGGGCAUGAAGAUCACCCGCAUGAACUCCACCGCAUCCAUCGCCUCCACCGCCUCCGCCGCAUCAUCUUCCGCGAAUUCCUUCGAUGAGGAGGACGAAGAGGAGGAAGAAGAUUUGGCCAAGCAGUUCCAGUACCAUCUGACGGGUCUGCAGGACGUGCUGUCCAAACUGACGCAGCAGGCCGUCUGUCUCACCAAGCGCUAUAAACAGGAGAUCGGCAUCGGUGGCUGGGGUCAGUGAAGGUCCCUCCAGUCUGAUGAAGACAUGGACUCUGUGAACUGUCUUCUCUAAUGGCCCUCUAAUCAACCUGCUGCUGUUGCUGCUGCACUGACUUUUGGACAAACCAGGAAAUAGUGGCAGUUAAUUUCUCCUACUGGCCCAAGGGUGGUUCUGUUCUGUUCUGUUCUGGGUGGGCUGUCUGAUCUGUGUUUCUGACUGUAGAUGUGUUGAUCUUGAAGAAAGCAUGUCCGUGUGUACACCCACUCAACACCCACUUUUUUAAAUUUGCACUCCAGGGUGUUGCUGUACACACCAAUGCCUUCAUUUCCUGUGAUACGCAGAUGAAACGUAUUUAAGAAAAAGCUUUAUUUAAUGUGUAAUUUAUUACCUCACUGUAUGUCAGAGAGCCAGAUGCUAUUUCAACAUUGGAGGACGGGUUGGAGAUUACAGGACCUGGCAUUUGAAUCAACCCCCUAGUGAGGGGGGAAUACUAACAAAAGACUCAGUUUCCUGUCUGUGAUGCUGAUGAUGUUAGUUUGUUCAAGUAUGUUUUGUCUGUGUUUCUAUGUAUGACCAGAGCUCCUUCACAUUUUAGUACUUCUGUGUUUUGUGUGCUUUGCAUGGAAGGAGGCAUAUGUAUGUGCUACUGCAGCUGCCCAUGAUCUCCCAGAGCCAAAUAUGGUCAAUGAAAUGGAAUCAAGUGAUUAUUCUUCUACAUAGAGAGAAUGAUCAUGGUUUCCAUGAGAUGCAUUGUGUAAAAUGUCUUGUUUUUUUUUAUCCAGUGGAGUCACAUCCAUCUUUCAAAAUAUGCCAAUGCCUUUGUAUGCACCUUCUGCACCCUUUUUUACUGAUGAAUAAAAAGCUAUUUAAAUGUA